AUGGAUUUCCCGAAGCUGUUGAAUAAGCCUUCACUGGACUUAAUUAAGAAUGAUUUCCCUCAUGCGAACAAAUUUGAGUUAGAGCACACGAGCAUUUCGAAGCAGCCGUUCCUGAAGAGCGGAUUCACUUUCGCCAACAACACCUACAGCAUCUACACGAAUUUGAAGAAUAAUAUUUACAACACGAAGAAUGAAAUAAAAUUCGACGCCACGGGAAUAAGUCUCCUUGAUGUGAAGUACCAGCCCACUUACGUGAGGAAUCUUAACCUCUGCGGGAAGUACACCAAGAGCAAUGGAAAGGGAGAUGACACCUUCGAGGUGUACAGUGAAUACACAUCGGCUAACACUAACAUAUUUUCCUCCAUCAAUGUCAAGAAUCUCUUUUUCAAAUAUGUCCAUGUGGGUUCACAUCCCAAGUUCCCACAGUUUAAAUUUGGAGGCCUACUACAGGGGAAUAUGGAUGUGAAGAACCUGCAAUACGCAUUUGGAGGAGCCUACACGAAGAAUAGCUACGACAGCCAAUACAUCUUUUCCUUCCGAUCCAUCCCCACGAAUAAGCACGCCUGCGGAAGCCUUGCAUUGAACCUCUUCUUUCAGAACAAAAGAUUGAAUGACAAUGCAGUGAGCAUUGAGCUAAUGCAGAACAUUGUGGAGAACAAAUCGAGCAUAAACGUUGCAUCCAUUUGGUACCUGAACGAUAAGAACACUGCCGUGAAGACUAAAAUUAGUAACGACACCAAAGUCGCCGUGUCGCUUACGCACAAGUACAACGAAUUUGUGUCCAUCUCUUUGGGAUCCCAGGUCGAUAUCACGAAAAUGUCCCUCCCGGAUAGUACGAAAUUUGGAGUCAAGCUGUUCUUGAAAUCUUAA